AUGGCCCCUCCAAGCAAUAUUCAAGUAGCAUCAUCAAGCUUCAUAGAAACUAUCAAACUCGAACACGUGCCUUCAACAUAUACAGUUCUCGUUGGUCUCUUUAAGGACGUUACAAACGCAGAGUUCCUACAACAGCAACUUCUUAGUCGGAAUGCCGAGUAUGAGUAUGCUUUCAUCGAUGCCAGUUCUAUAAUAUCUCGUGUUCAAGUCUUAGCCGCCGUAUACAAAGCGAUAACGAUACAUAUGAGCGGUAGCAUGAAAACGCCCAAUGUUCAUUCUGAGAUUGUGUGCUCCCUCAGCCCAAACAACAAUAUCUCAGAAGCUUACCGCCGCUUCGGUAUCACACCAAGUAGCAAAUACCUAAUCAUUGUCAAAGUACUAGUAUCACCCUCUACCCUCACACCCGAAGCAGUACAGCAGCACCUCCUUGAUAAUGUUCAAGGCACACCCACCCAAUUCACAGACGAGGUCCUGCAAUCGGGCCUUACAGAUCGGGCUAAGGUGCGCAAGUACUACAAGCUGAACGGCAUUGGCUGGCUAGACGGUAUUAAGGAUGAGUCCCUCCAACGUAGAGAGACCGAGCUACUAGUGAUUGGGAGCAUGGCACUGAGAAGUCUCUAA